CCUAUUUACGUAAUUACUUUUUUAAUUCGCAUUAUUUCGGAAAAAAUUCCUUAAAUUCAAAGUUGAGUUAUCUAUUGCAUUUUAUUAUGAAAGUAUUUCGGCUCUUUUUUCAUGAAAAAUUCUUAUUAGACAAUCACUUUUUAAUUCUAAAACUACAUUCAAAACACAAAUAUAUUUACAUCAUCUGCAUUGCAGUAUUGCAUUAGUAUAUCACUAGUUUUUACUUUUUAGAACCCAAUCUUCUCACAUCUAAAUUGAUGGCGAUAAUUUCUUACUCUUUAUUUUACGAAGUACUCCGUAUGUCCCAAAUUAUAUGACCAGACCAGAUGCAUUGACUAUAGUGUCCUUAUAUUUACCUUUAUAAAGCACUUUCCCUUCCUCCAACUCUCCUAUCCCCUCUUCCUUCCCCCCAUCGACAUCCCCCUAACAGUGUCUUCUUCCUGACAAUGGGCAAGCCUUUAGUUCUCGUUCUGUUAAUGCUCGCCGUCGUAUGUUCUGCUGCGGCGGAGAUGUCGAUCAUAUCAUACGACGAGCAGCAUCCGGCGAAAGGAUUGAUCCGAUCUGAGGAGGAGAUCAAGGAGCUGUUCGAAUCGUGGCUUGUGAAACACGGCAAGGCGUACAACGCUGUCGGAGAAAAAGACAAGAGGUUAGAGAUCUUCAAGGAUAAUCUCAAGUACAUCGACGACCAGAACAGUCUUGAGAACCGGAGCUACAAGCUAGGGUUGAACUUUUUCGCCGAUAUGACAAACGAGGAGUAUCGCACCGGGUACCUCGGUACCAAAAGGGAUGCUCGCCGGAAGACUCUGAAGAGCAAGAGCAACCGGUAUGCUCCGGUGGAAGGCGAAUCGUUGCCGGACUCUGUUGACUGGAGGGAGAAAGGUGCUGUCUCAGAGGUCAAAAAUCAAGGAAGCUGCGGGAGUUGCUGGGCCUUCUCAACAAUUGCAGCUGUUGAGGGAGUGAAUAAGAUUGUUUCCGGCAGUCUGGUCUCACUGUCUGAGCAAGAACUGGUUGACUGUGACACAAGCUAUAACGAAGGCUGUAAUGGUGGACUGAUGGACUAUGCUUUUGAGUUCAUCAUCAAGAACGGUGGCAUUGACACUGAGAAGGACUACCCGUAUACCGCUAAGGAUGGAAAAUGUGACUCCUACAGGAAAAACAAUGCCAAGGUUGUUACUAUUGAUGGGUACGAGGAUGUUCCUGUAAACAAUGAGGCGGCUUUGAAGAAGGCACUAGCAAAUCAGCCCAUUGCUGUUGCUAUUGAAGCUGGAGGGAUGGACUUCCAACUCUAUGAAUCGGGUAUAUUCACAGGAUCAUGUGGAACUGAUUUGGAUCAUGGUGUGGCUGUUGUUGGGUACGGUACAGAAAAUGGUGUUGAUUAUUGGAUAGUUAAGAAUUCAUGGGGAGCUGCUUGGGGAGAGAAAGGGUAUGUGAGGAUGCAGCGAAAUGUGAAGGCAGAAGCUGGAUUGUGUGGUAUAGCUGUGGAGCCUUCUUAUCCAACAAAGACUGGGCAAAACCCUCCACCAAGCCCUCCAACACCACCCGCUCCCACCCCAGUCCCUCCAUCCCCAGCAGCUCCCAGUGUUUGUGACCGAUACAAUGCAUGCCCGUCUAGCACCACCUGCUGCUGUGUCUUCCCAUUUGGGAACUACUGCUUCUCAUGGGGAUGCUGCCCUUUAAAUAGUGCUGUGUGCUGUGAGGAUCACAACAGUUGCUGCCCUCAUGACUAUCCCGUUUGCCAUGUUAGGUCUGGCUCCUGCACAGCGGUAUGUGUUUCCUCUAUCAGAACUCUCAUGUUUUUGUAAUAUUACAUUCAUUCAUAGUAAUAUAAGUAGAAAUAAUAUAAAUUUUAAACAAUCACGUCAAAUGUAAUUAUUUCUUCUAUCAUCUUAACUUAUAAGAUGAAGUCAUGUAAUAUAUAUAUAUAAGCAUAUUGAAUUCAAAAAAGCAAUUUGGUCCUGAUAUUGUAAAUAUGGUCGCAGAGCUUUCAGCAUUGGUCGAUUUUAACAAUGCACCUCUUGUGAGCCAAAGUCGAACAACCAUUUUAUGGAAAAAGUUGCAUAAAUAGGACUAUAAUACAAAACAUUUCCAUAAAACUGGACUUAACUUUUGUCUUUUUUAGGCAGGAACUCAUUCACUUUUGAAUAAGAAUUAUUAACCACUCCAUUAUUUUUGUAGUACUGAUUGAGUUAUAUGGUUAGCACAAACCGAGUUACUCCUAUUUGUGUACCGACACCUGUUUUACUCAUAUUUGCGGUAAUUUCAUAAUAAAAUACUAACAAAAGAAUACUACACAUUGGACAGCUACUCUUAUAAUAUUGAUGUUGUGGGAUAGAAUUCCUAGUAUGAUUCUACUUAGUGCUUAUGUUGUGGGUUACCUAAGUGUAGUUGCUGGUGUUUGUGUUUGAUACAGGGUAAAAACAACCCACUAGGGGUGAAGGCAAUGACACGCAUUUCCGCUCAACCUCUGCGGGCAUUCAGGGACGGGGGAAGGAAGAGCAUCAGUGCUUAGCAUUGUUAUGAGCCAGUCCGAGCUUUUGGGAUGACAAGAAGGGGGAGGGGAACCAUUGCAAGUAGAAAGGGGUGUACACUGAAUUGCGCCUUUCAACUCCAUCCUAAAGAGCUUCAGAAUUUGAUGAUGGGCUCAUUAUUAAUGGCAUUGUAUUGUGACAACUGAUUUGUAUAUAGUGUUUUCGUUUUCCAUUUCAGUCAUAAGUUGGCUAAACUGCUACUCCACUUUAUUGCUGUUAAUGCAUGUUGUUUGCUAUUCAACAUGAUGGCUGUACUUUGUUAAUAACAACACUGCUGUCGCCUUCCACCGUUUUCUGUUGUGCACUUAUUUUUUCCACGUUACUUAUCCCACCGUUUUCCUA